UCUUUUCGUAGGGUCCGCAGAUCCGUGCAGCACUUGCAGGCUCGGUCAUGCGCACCAAGCUUCUUCUUGCCGCGGCCCUGGAGAAAAUACAUGCAAUCAGGAAUGGCAAGCGUGACAUGGACUUGGUUCGCCUUGUGCUCUUGGAGAACCUGGUGCAGAAGUUGACCGCUGUCCUGCAGAACGACGAAAACGGGGACGACGCCGAAGAGGCAGCGAACGGUGACGGCGCAUGCGCCUGUGUCGCAGUCGAAGGCCCUUCUGAGCGAGGUCGACGGACCGGUGAGAAACACAAACCGGAGCCCCUGGAAGCUACAGAUGGUCCAUCGAAGCUAGCGCGGUCUUGCGACCAGCUUUCACAGCAGCAAGAGAACGUGCUGCAGUUCAUCAGAGCCCUGGGCCUUCAACCGGCAAGCAAGAACGCUUUGGAAGAGGAGCUUGGUCCUGAGCCGGACAUACAGUUCUUGGAUGACUAAGACGAGCUGCUUGGGACGUGAAGCUAGCACACCAUCAUCGCCGAAGGAUAGUCCUUUGUAUUAAACCUAUCCGUACCUCGUGAUUCACAACGGGCUCAUGGCGUAGAACCUUGCCGCACGAUUUCCGCGAAAUAAAGCAUAAAGAGUAAACAUUUCUUCUUUAGUGUUGAUGCUUUUUGUUACAGAAGGCAGGUUACGCAAUAAGCUUUCGUUUAACACUAAUUCGUUUGUUUUUUCUGAUAGUUUUGUUCGUCGUAAAAUGUUUCGUUUGCUACUGACCAGAGCAUAAGCAUGGAUUGCAUGUUUAGCGUCGCACU